AUGACAAGUCGAGUACGUCGUUCUAUACGAUCUCGAUCAAGUUUAAAUCUUAAAUUUACCGAUGAUCCCGAUUUUGACCAAGAAGCUUUCGAAUACGACCAGGGCGACGAAGAUGAUGAUGAAGAUGACGACAUUGAUGAACUUCCGGUGGCGCGUAUUAAACAAGAACAACAGCGACACGCCAGUCAAAACAAUACCAAUAGCGGUAUUGUCAAAAGGCGCCGUGGCCGACCAUCCAAGCGUGAAACACUACAUGAUAAUGAUGAUGAAUGGCAUGCAGAACACGAAGAAGAUUUUUCAACUGGCACACCAGUUGACGUUACUUUAAGUCCAACAGGUCCAGAUGUUGAUGCAUCAGUUUAUGAAUUCAGUGAAACAUCAAAUCGUAAAAAACUUCCAACAGUUGAUUCUUUUGGAAGUAUUCUCUCACGUGAUUCAACGAAAACUCCGAUUAAAGUUCGUCGUGAUGAAAAACAUCUGUGUCCAUAUUGUAAUUAUUGUACAGGUAAAAAAUACCUUCUUCAACGUCAUCUCAAAUCUCAUUCAACUGAACGACCACAUAAAUGUGCUUAUUGUUCUAACACAUUUAAAACAACGGCACAAUUACAAAAUCAUGUUAAUACACAUCUUGGUAUUAAACCGUUUCAAUGUAAAUUUUGUGAAUAUAAAUUUACUACAAGUGGUGAAUUAAUUCGUCAUGUUCGUUAUAAACAUACACUCGAAAAACCUCAUAAAUGCGAAGAAUGUGGUUAUGCAACCGUUGAAUUAAGUAAACUUCGACGUCACAUUCGAACCCACACAGGGGAAAAACCAUAUUCAUGUCCACACUGUUCAUAUUGUAGUCCAGAUACAUUUAAACUUAAGCGACAUUUACGUGUUCAUACGGGUGAAAGACCAUAUCAAUGCACGGUAUGUAAAUUUCGAUUUACACAAAGUAACAGUUUGAAAGCACAUAUGUUAACACAUGAAACGAAUGCACAAAAAUUUCAUUGUACAUAUUGUCCAACAGUUUUGACACGCAAAGCUGAUCUUAAACAACACAUGUCGAAAAAACAUGCUAAUGAUGAAGAUUUUGUAACGUGUCUUAAAUGUGAUCAAGAAUUUACUGAUCCACAUGAACUAACUCAACAUAAAAAACUACAUCAUGCAAUGAAUAAUACGAAUAAUAAUUUUAAUACACCACGUGUUCAACUGAGUUGUUCGUUGUGUACAUACAAAACAUUUUCGCAAGAUAUCCUUGAUGAUCAUAUGGAUUCACAACAUCGAGACGAACGAACAUUUCAAUGUAAUGAAUGUGGCCUAAUGUAUGCGACACGUGGUGAUCUUCGUCAACACAUAACAAAAGUUCAUCGUUGUGGUGUAUAUGCAAAAAUGCCUGCUGGUGGUCUAUCGAUGCGUCAACGAUCUCAUUCAUCAUCAUUGAAAAAUUCUCAACGUUCAUCGAACCUAUCAACAUCACCAAUAAAACAUCAAGCACAAAGAUGUGAAACAAUUUAUCGUUGUUCAAUAUGUCGUAGCAAAUUUUCUCAUUUACGUGCUAUUGAACGUCAUCAUUAUGAUAUACAUCAUAUUGAUCCGUUUGAUACAGAAGCUAUGAAAAAUUCAACGGUUAUUGAUGAAGAAGAAACUCAAGAUGAUUAUGAGCAACAACAGGAACAACAAUUUAUUGAAAUUAAUCAAGUGCAACAAAGUAUUAAUGACCGAGAAGAAGAUGAGCAAAUGGCUAUUAUACAAUUUCGAAAUCAAAAUCAAAAUCAUGAUCAUUCACCGUUAAUCGUUAAGAUUGAAAGAGAUGGUUAUGAUGAUUUUGAAACAGCCGACGAUUAUAUAUCAAACAAACGAAUGCCGCGAACUUAUCAAUUACAAAAAAGUCGUCGAAGAUUAUCGAAAAUGUCUUAUGACGAUUCAUCGUGUCUGGACUCGCCAGCCAAUAAAAAAGAAUUUUUAAAUAAUUCAAAUUAUGAUGAUGCUGAUACGAACAAUGAAAAUGAAACUGCUGAUAUAUUUGUUGAAGUGAUUGAUGAUGAUCAAGACAAUAAUAUUGAUGAUAAUAAUUUUAAUAUUAUUAAAUAUCGUUCAUCAACUCACAAGUUGACUUGA